ACAAGGAGGUAAAUUUAUUUCACUGUGAAAGAUAUCACAACCCUUAACAUUAAAACUCGCAGGUAUCCAAAUGGGCUCAAGACAGGUGGACUACAAUACCGUAGACUUCAUGGGUUACUCCAAAAUACAAGCGAACAUCAAAAAUGGAAGGAGACACAGCGUUGCCGAUGCUUUUCUCAUACCAGUAGAGAACAGGGGCAAUUUGAAAGUUUUAACAUCAGCUAGAGUGGUCAAAUUAUUGAUGGAUCCCAUCACCAAAGAAGCUCUUGGUGUCGAAUACAUCAAGAGGGGGAGAAGGUAUCAAGCUAGAGCCAGAAGAGAGGUUAUAUUGUCGGCUGGGACCUUCAACUCGCCACAGCUUCUCAUGUUGGCAGGUAUUGGACCUUCCGAGCACCUUCUAGAGCUAGGGAUACAACCCCUUAUCGACCUGCCAGUGGGAAAAACCUUGUACGAUCACAUAUCCUACAUCGGGUUGGCGUUCAAAAUCAAUCAAACAAUAGAACCGAGGGAGCUAGCUUUCGAUCCAGCUGAAAUCCUGAAGUACCUAGUCAAAGGAAAGGGUUCGUACACUUCCCUUGGCGGCAUAGAAGCCCUGGCGUAUAUCAAGACCAACGUUUCCAAAGAACCAGGAGAUUACCCUGACAUCGAGUUGAUUUUCAGCGGUAUUGGAAGUCUGCAGAGUGACUACGGAAUUGUAAGCGUUCCAACCCUUGGUAUCAGAAGGGAGAUAUAUGAUCAAACCUAUAAACCAAUAGAGAAUACACCUUGUUGGUCUAUCCUACCGAUGUUGCUGCAUCCGAAAUCGAAGGGGUUCAUGAGGUUGAGAUCUAGAAACCCUUACGAUCCACCAUUGUUGUACUCCAAUUUCUUUACCGAUCCAGAAGGUGAAGAUUUAAGAACCAUGAUAGCGGCCAUAAGAUACUCUAUAGAACUGUCCAAAACGCCAGCGUUUCAAAGGUUUGGGAGCGUACUACACGAUGUGCCUCUGCCAGGUUGUGAAAAGUACCAGUUCAACAGCGAUGCCUACUGGGAAUGCUGUUUGAGACUGAUUGCUGUAACUUUACACCAUCAGGUGGGGACCUGUAAGAUGGGACGGAGAGAAGAUCCGGAGGCUGUGGUGGACAAUAGGUGUCGAGUGCAUGGGGUGAAGAGGCUGAGGGUUGUUGAUACAAGUGUUAUACCAGUGACGUUAUCUGCUCAUACGAGUGGACCAGCCAUGAUGAUGGGAGAGAGGGUUAGUGAUAUGAUCAAGGAAGAAUAUGACGUGAUAUGACCCAAGUAUGUUUGUAAAUUAAUUUCAAUUCAUCAUUCCCCUUAUUUAUUUAUUUAUAAGAAAUGUAAAUAUUUAUGGAA